GGGGACAUUGAUUCAUAUGGUUUCAGUUGAUACCCUCCUAUUUGACAAAUUCAACCAAAACUCCACUCAAACAACCAACACAGCAGCAGAUAAUGGCCACCGCAAACCUCCAGCAAAACUCAGGGAUUAAACAGGAGAAAAUAACUAUACAAAACAAGUGGGGCGAGAAACUUGUGGGAGUGUUACAUGAAACAGGAUCCAAAGAGAUUGUAACCGUGUCGCAUGGCGUCCAGAGCACAAAGGAAUACAGUAUGCUGGUGGACUUCUGUAAUGCAUUGGAAAAACUAGGGAUUAGUGCCUUUCGCUUUGAUUUUUCCGGAAACGGCGAAAGUGAAGGCUCAUCUCAAGGUGCUGACUUCCUUAAGGAGGUUGAUGACUUAAAAGCAGUAAUCCAACAUUUCAGUGCAGCAAAUCGUGUUGUAAGUGCGAUCAUUGGACACAGUAAAGGUGGGACUGUGGUUAUAUUAUAUGCAUCUUUACAUAAAGAUAUCAAGACAGUUGUCAAUGUGUCCGGUCGUUAUAAGCUCGAUAGGCCCUUUGAAGAGCGUUUGGGAAAAGAUUAUUUGGAAAGAUUUAAAAAAGGAGAAGUGUUGGUUGGUGACAUGGAGGAAACUGAAAUGCAACUCCUGAACAUAAACAUGCAUGACGCGGGACUUAGAGUUGACCAAGAUUGCAGGGUGUUGAUCGUUCAUGGAUCGGCUGAUGAAAUAAAUCCAGUUGAAGAUGCUUUGGAGUUUGCCAAGAUCAUACCUAACAAUGAGUUGAGAAUCAUUGAAGGGGCCAACCAUGAUUACACCAACCACCGACACGAAUUAGUUUCUGUUGUUUUGGAUUUCUUAAAGGUCAAUAUGCAUAGGGCAUGAUUCUUUUAAAGGCCAUGCUCUCUUCUUUGAACAAGAUGAAAUUUUAAGCAAAACAUCACCUAAAUCUUGUAUCCUAAGCUUAAAUAUUAGUGUUACACAAGUAGCAUUUAACAAAUUGGCCGGAAA